UUGAAUGAGCUUCGAAGUGGAUCGGUACUCGUCUGCGUGGGCACAUAUCGCCCUUUGUGCGGAUCUCACCUGGGCUACGGAACCUCCCGAUGAAUUCAUUAUAGCUAAUCAGCGCCUUUGGGCACAACACUGCCGUGUUUCCCAAGUCCUACAGGACCCUACAAUAGAAUCACAAAGUUUACAAACAGCCAAUCAAUGCGAAUUAACAGGUAAGAUGACCAUCUCCCAAAUCCAAGAAAAUGGAAGCUUUAGUGGCAGGAGGAGUGUGAAAGACGUCAUACCAGAAUCAAGAUUGGCGCAAUACUAUGGAAAUUUUUAUUACGAUGAAGUCAGAGAAAAGUGUUAUACGAGCACGAACGAGAAGACAAGCGGUCGCGGCUACAGCGGUCAAGGGUGCGAAAAUUCCGACCUCACAGAAUGUUGGAUGCUUCCAGAGGUGGAGUAUUGGUUCAGAAAGCUGGUAGACGAUCCGGCAGAUCGCAGCCUGUUCCCGCGCCGCCGCCGACAAUACAGGAUGCUUGCUGAUGAUGAUUUCGAGCGCUGGGGCCUGGCUGGGACGCGAGCCGCUGGCGAGGAGGCGGCGCUGGCGGCGCGCGUGCUGAGCGUGCGCGGCCUGUGGGCCGGCUGCGCCGCGGGCUGUGCCGCGGGCUGUGCCGCGGGCUGCGCCACAGGCUGCGCCGCGAGCUGCCCCACGGGCCGGCGCGCGCCCGAGCCGCCCCCCGCGCCCCGCAAGAUGCGCGCGCGCCGCCGCCAGCCGCGCCGCCUGGCCGCGCUGGCGCCACCGCCGCCCGCCUACUGCCUCGACGCGCCGGCGCAGCUCUUCUGCGAUCCGCAGUGCAAGUUCCAGUUCGACCCGCCGCGGCCGCCGCAGCUCGCGGAGUGCCAGCGCGCCAUGGGGCGGCUGUCGGCGUCGGUGCAGGCCGUGAUGCGCGCGUCCGCAGCCCGCUGCCCGCCCUACCGCGGCACCAACGUGUCCCGCUACGCGCCCACCUGCCAGCGGCCCGCGCGCGGCCCCGAGCGCCGCUACGGCGUGUGGUGGCCCCGCGACCACCCCAGCCCGCGCCUCGACCACCGCUUCCAACUCACGCACGUGCCGCAGCCCCCCACCGACGCACAGAAACCCACCGCCGAGCCGGAAUCGGUCGAAACCAAACAGGAAUCUGUCGAAGAGAAGGACGACGAGGGCACGAGCGAGCAGCCUGCGCCGUCAACCUCCGAGCCGCAGACGCCGCAGACGCCAGACAAACCGGAGAGCCCGAAGUUGACGGCGAAAGAAAAGGUGGUCGCGGACGGGCAGAUGCCCUCGACGAGCGCCGCCGCCGUCGACUCCGGCCUGAGGAAGAAGCGCCUGUACAGCACGGUGCUAAGCAUGAGCGCACCCGCACCUCUCAACCUGACCCCCGUCGGCUGCGUGCGCCUGUCGCAAAAGCUGGUCACCCCGGGCCUGUUGAAGCUGAACCCGAAAAUCGUGCUCCCGACGACGCGGGUGCGGCCCCCCAACGUGGACAACAAGUUCGAGGAGCUAGAGAAGGAGGCGCUCGAGCAGUACAAGGCGUCCGACGAGAGCAUAGACACCAAGUUUCGCGAGCUGGAGAAGCAGGCGGUGGAGCAGUACAGCAACAGUAACAGCAACACGAGCUGCAGCAGCGGCCACUCGGCCGAGAAGAGGACGUCCACCUCGCCGCCGGAGAACGAUCCCAAGAAAAAGCAACCGGCAAAAUUUCAUAAGGAAAAGGCGGUCGAUAGUGUCGUGAUCUACUCGCAGAAUUUUCCCGAUCUGAACGCGAAAGGCCACACGACGAGUGUCACGAAUUUAAAAAACUUCCACACCCCCCCGAGGGGGGAAAAAAAGGAGCAAACGCAUAGAUCGAACAAGAACCUGCGGAGUUUGAAGAGUGAUACACAACGGGCCGCCUCCGACACGGAUUACGACACGCGGGAGGCGAAGGGGAGCCACAAGGGCCCGAUGCGAUGGACGCUGCACGUGGUGCCGCCCAAGAAGAGGCACCUGACGCUGUGUGUGUCGGACUUCUCGUCUGACGAGGAGCUGGAGGAGGGCGGCGGGUCCAUCAAGGACGCGGGCCCCUGCAUCAAAAACCACGCGGCCGGCAAGGUGAAGAUGUCCGCGCACGGCGGCGGCGACCUGCACCCCAUCAUGAGGAAGACGUAGCAUAGGAGGACCGCCACACCGCGCCGAGGUGCCAACUGAUCAAACAUCGGCUGUUACUUAUUUAUAUUUACCUUUUACACAAACGCGCCACCAAAAGUCGCUGAACGCUGAAGGAAAUUGUGAAUAUAUGGAACCGGUCACACGCGCACGCCUUG